AUGAUGAACACGUCGACGCGCUGGCUGGUGUGGAGCACGCAGGAGCCGGACGAGCGGCUGCAGGUGCGGGUGGACAGUGACGUCACGUGGGCCACGUGGCGAAUGGGCGGGGGCGGGGGCGGCGCCGCGCUGUGGGGGCUGAUCCGCCUCCACCCCGGCUGGCCGCUGGCGCGCUGCCCCGUGGGCCGAUGGGCGCCCGCCGCCGGACUCCAGUACGACAACCGGAGGCUCCAGUGGGUCGCCAAGAAGAACCUCCAGGGCCUGGCGCUGGGCGCCGCGCUGCCGGUGCGUACCCCACCUCACCCAGUGAAACUCCUACCUGCUGUGAUCGUGGACACGCCGCUGGACAACCUGGGCGAGCGCCUGAAGAACGUGAACGACCGCCAGCUGGACACGAUGGCACGCUUUGGCUGGGGUCUCUCUACCACACUGGCGAGGGUGCUCAACUUUUCGAUCAUACUGUACCGCGUGCGCAACUUUGGCUCACUGGUGAGUGAGAACGAAAUGGACGGAGCAGUCGCUCUCAUUCAUAACGGAACCGUCGAGUUUGGAGCGGCUGGCUUCAUUAUGACCACCAGGCGCAUGGACUUCAUGGACUACACGGGACCUGGCCGGCUGUGGGCGCCGGAAAUAAUGUUUCGGCACCCCAAGUCGGCGAGCGUCCUCACGACGAUCUUCAAGCCGUACACGGCGGAGCUGUGGGUGAGCAGCGGCGCGCUGUUCGUGCUGAUUCUGGUCGUGUCGCGGCUCUUCUGCUGGGUCGAGCACCGCGUCACCGCCACCGUCGACGAGAUAGACAACUCGUGGAACUCCACCUUCCUGCUCGUCUCCUCUGCCAUCGGGCAGCAAGGUGUGUCGCGGAGCUCGGAGUGGCUGAGCUGGCGCGUGCUGCUGUUCGUCAGCUUCCUGUGCACCAACCUGCUGGACACGCACUACGCGGCCGGCAUCGUGUCCUCGCUGCUGAUGCCGCCGCCCAGGACCAUCAACAACAAGAAGGACCUCGCCGACAGCCCGCUCGGCUUCGGGCUCGAGAACGUCAGCUACACCUACCAGUUCUUCGUGAAGAGCGACGACCCGGUGGACCGCGCGCUGUGCAGCCGCAAGCUGUACCCGCCCGGCGGCCGGCCCAACUUCUUCCCCGCCGAGGUGGGCGUGCGCAAGAUGGCCACCGAGCUGUUCGCCUUCCACGCCGAGGACGUGCGCGUCGGGCCACUGAUCGACCGCUUCUUCUCCGACGACGACAAGUGCGCGCUGGUGUUCAUACCGCUGCUCACGCCCGUCGCCACCUACACCGCCGUCCGCAGGAACUCGCCCGUCAAGGAGCUCUUCAACUUCGGGCUGCGCAUGAUGUGGGAGCGCGGCCACGUCAGCUACCUGCGCAAGGCGUGGUACUUCACGCGCGUGCGCUGCCUCUCUGAGACGGAGUACGCCAGCGUCGACCUGGUGCCCAUGUCGCCCGCCUUCAUGCUGCUCGGCUGCGCCAUCUUCCUGUCCGGCCUGCUGCUGGUGCUCGAGGCCCGCCAGUACCGCCGGUCGCAGACAGAAGUCAUCCCUGUGGCGCCAAACCACUCCGGUCAGAAUCUGAAGAAGAAACUUGGAAACUCACAAACAGGGCGGCAGAAAGUACGUUUCAGUUCAGCGACACUCGUCAAAUUGCUGCCAUCUCUCGACAAGAACAUAUAUUGGGACCAGGUCGAGCCUUCACAAUAA